UUACUCAAAGUCGCAACUAGCAUGGAUGCGACGUGGACAGAUUGAAUCUCACACCAUUUUUACAUAUUAUAUACACUCUCACUGAUCCCAUGGCGUGUGCAGUGUGCUAUAUAAAUUAAUGGAUGCCUCCACCUCAACCGCUCAUCUCCCUUGAUCAAAGAUCAGAGCUCAGGAGCUCGCAGCAAUGGAGCCGCAGGCCGAGCCCAAGCCCAUCCCGCUGAUGACGCCGUACAAGAUGGGCGCGUCGCUAGACCUCGCCCACAGGGUGGUGCUGGCUCCUCUCACGCGGCAGCGCUCCUACGGCAACGUGCCGCAGCCGCACGCCGCCGUCUACUACGGGCAGCGCGCCACGCCCGGCGGCAUGCUCAUCACGGAGGCCACGGGGGUCUCCGACACGGCGCAGGGGUACACCGACACCCCUGGCGUCUGGACGGCGGAGCAGGCCGAGGCGUGGCGGCCCGUCGUCGACGCCGUGCACGCCAAGGGCGCCCUCUUCUUCUGCCAGCUCUGGCACGUCGGCCGCGUGUCGAAGUACGGGUUCCAGCCCGGCGGCGCCGCGCCGGUGUCGAGCACGGAGAGGAUGGUCGGGCCGCAGGUCAGGCACGACGGCUCCACCGAGGAGUUCUCGCCGCCGAGGAGGCUGGCGGCGGAGGAGAUCCCCAUGAUCGUCGACGACUUCAGGAAAGCCGCACGCAACGCCAUCAACGCCGGAUUCGACGGCGUCGAGAUCCACGGCGGCAACGGGUACCUCAUCGAGCAGUUCCUCAAGGACAGCGCCAACGACCGGGACGACAGCUACGGCGGCAACCUGGAAAACCGGUGCCGCUUUGCGCUCGAGGUGGUGGACGCCGUCGCCAAGGAGGUGGGUGCCCACCGCGUGGGCAUCCGCCUCUCGCCCUUCAUGGACUACAUGGACUGCCACGACUCCGACCCACACGCGCUCGGCCUUCACAUGGCCACGAAGCUCAAUGACCACGGCAUCCUUUAUCUCCACAUGAUUGAGCCCCGGAUGGCCCUCGUCGACGGCCGGCGCGUGGUCCCGCACCGCCUGCUGCCCUACAGGGAGGCCUUCAAGGGCACCUUUAUUGCGAAUGGCGGGUACGACCGGGAGGAGGGGGACAAGGCGGUCGCAUCGGGGUAUGCCGACCUCGUCUCGUUUGGGCGGCUCUUCCUUGCGAACCCAGACCUGCCGAAGAGGCUAGAGCUCAACGCGCCGCUUAACAAGUAUAAUAGGUUGACGUUUUACAUCUCCGAUCCCGUCGUCGGCUACACCGACUACCCGUUUCUUCCUUGAUGUGUCAUUGAACCAUGAAUAAUGAUUGAUCCAUAUAUUGCCAUGUGAAAUUCAAACGGAACCUUUUCUUUUUCUCGGCCCUUCCCUUUUCCCCACAUGUACAAUGUGGCUUUCUUAUGUACAAUUUUUCCGGCUGUAUAGAAGUCGCAAAAUUCUGAGU